AUGUUUCGAAAUAUAAUUAAACCACUUUAAAGAAAAAAAAAAUAAUACAAUAUAACUUAAGAAGAAGAUUAAGAGGAACUAUAUUUUAAAAAUGAAGAAGAAUCAAAAUAAAACGAAGAAUCAGUAUUUUUUGAAUUCAAAAGAAUGAGGAUAUCUGAUGAUCUAGAUGAAACAAAAGAAAUAGGUAGUAAAAUCAAAAAAAAUAAAUAAUAAGAAGGGGAUUGUUAUUUUAUAUACUAAUUAAAUCAUGAAAAAAUCUUUGAAUCAAUCAAUAGUUAUAAAUCAAGACAGGAAAGUAAAAAAUAAGAAGAAAAUCAAGAAAUUGAAAAUAUUAGUUAUCAUUCAGAAUUACCACAAGAAUGUUUUCAUAUAGUUCAAAUUGAUGAAAUAAAUUAUGUUAAUUCUAUAAACUUCUCAAAAUCUAUAGAAAAAAAGACUUACAAGUUAAAAAUUAAAAAAAAUUUUAAGUAAAUAAACUCUUUUAAUCAUAUUUCUAUUAAAGAUAAGGUUAUCUCGAAACGAUUAUGA